GUUCGCUGUCUGUUUUCCAUCGGCGUGCUGCCAGUUUGCUGACGUUGUGGUGCUUUUCAUCGGUGGAAUUCACGUGGGGUGUGCGGUUCGCCAGUGAACGGUUUAGCGAUGCCUGGCUUUCGCAUUGGACACUUGUGGAAGGACAGGUUUGAAUAACCAGAUUGAGGUUGAAAGUUCCGAAGCUAUAAUUUGUCUUUUAGAGGAUGGAGGAUGACGCGCCCGUUAUCUACGGUCUGGAGUUCCAGUCGCGCGCGCUGGCGGCCGUCCAGGGAGGCACCGAUGACGUGCUGUUUAUGGUGGGCACUCGGUCGCUCAAGUACACCAACCAGAUUCACCUGCUGCACCUUGAUGAGGACACAGGAGCACUCAAUAAACAGGUUUUUUCGCACCCUGCCGGCGAGGUGUGGCACCUGGCGUGCUCGCCCACCGACCGGCGCCACUUCAGCUCGUGUUUCGGCCGGCUGGAGGAGGGCUCGAGCCGCCUGGCCGCCGCCGUCUGGUCGCUGCCGCCCGAGGACUCUGAGGACGACACCGGCGCACCGGCGCUGACGCAGCUGCUCGAGCUGCAGGCGCAGGAGGACAUCAGUAGCGUGCAGUGGCAGCUGAUGGACGGCUCUCAGCUGCUGGGAGUCGGCGAGCACCAGCUGACCGUCUGGGACCUCGACACCGGACGAGGCGCAGCCGCGGUAUCCAGUGAGAUCCCGUGCCCGGGCCGGGCGCAGUCGGCCCUCAAAGGCGCUCGAUGGAACCCCCACCAGUGCUGCAGUCAGGUGGCGGCCGCCUGUGACACGCACGUGCGUGGCUUCGACCUGCGCUGCGGCCAGCAGGCCUGGACCGUCGAGAACGCCGACGCACAGCUGGUUAGAGACCUGGACUUUAACCCGAACAAGCAGUACUACCUUGCGACGUGCGGGGACGACUGCAGGGUCAAGUUCUGGGACAUCCGCAAGCCGACAGCUCCCCUCAAGGUGCUCGUCGAUCAUUCACACUGGGUGUGGCGCGUGCGUUUCAACCACUUCCACGAUCAGCUGGUGCUUACGUCAUCGAGUGACUGGCGCGUGCUGCUGACGUCAGCGGCGUCACUGAGCUCCGAGCCGUACGGCCACCUGCUGGAUGACGACGACGAAGGACCGGCGCAGUCAGGGGCUCAGCUGGCGGACGGUCAGCUGGCCUGCUGUGAGGAGCACGAGGACUCUGUGUAUGCCGCCGAGUGGUCGUCGGCCGACCCCUGGACGUAUGCGUCGCUCAGCUACGACGGCCGACUGGUGGUCAGUCGUGUGCCGCGCCAGGUCAAGUACAAAAUCCUGCUCUGAGGGCGACGUCAGGUGGGGUGGGGGUGGUUAUUUAGAGGGCAAUGUUGUGAAGGGGGUGGGUACUGGGUACAUAUAAGACAACUGUCGUGAUUCUUAAGUUUUGUUAGAUGCUAGAAUUACCGACGUGAAAGAAGCGUAGGUAUACGCGAUACUGUCAGUCGGUGGAGGCUGCAGAAUAAUGGUGAGAAAGUCGAGCUAAACAGAUGACUGGGAACAUUCAGUCUCAGGCAAUAUCCAAUCGUAGCCCGCAAACGAGUGCCGAUCGUGGCUGAAAGGAAUUAAGAACAGGAAGUCUGGGUGUGGGAGCUGUUACAUUCACAUUGUGGUGAAUUGCCGUGUGUGCCGGGGGCGGCGGUUGGGGAUGGAGUUUGUCUAACCUUUGUGUGUGAUACAGGGCGAAGCAAUCGCACCUUAUUCUUAUUUUGUUUCGGCUGCAUGUGACACAAUUGGUGAUUGGCCAUUGGCUUACGGUAUUGGUAAGAUCGGGUGCAUCUACUGUAAAAAAGUCUCGUACUAUUUAAAGCAUCCGGCUGUGCUAUAGGAAUGAAUGUAGGCCAUUUUUUAUGGAUUUUGUCCAACUGGCUAGUACGAUGGUAUUUAGUGGCAAGAUAAAUGCAAAUUGGUAUCAGUUGAUCCUAGUUUUACGAGUUUUUGCCCACGUAUGUCUGAAUUGGAUUCAUUCUUGUUGAUAUUUGUGAUUGUAUUUGUGUUAUUUAUUCCUAGCCAUAUGCCAUUCCAGCCUGAAAUACAUAUUGCAUAGUUCA